AUGUCGAACCCUACAUACAAGAUCGCCAACGUCUCCGAGACAACACUUGUUGACACAACAAAGCCUUCAACAAGUACCAAGCCUGGUCUUGAAACAACACCUCAUAAACCUUCACUCAAGGAAAAGAUCCAGAGGAAGCUGGCAGGCUCUGUCGACCCUACAAAAAAGCCAGCUGAUCCUUACAAGUCAUGGGAAGCUCGAUCAGGUCAGCAAGACAAUCACUUCAAGCCGAAUGCCAAAGCUAAUGCGUUCCCAGUAGCACUGCUCUAA